AUGUCACAGACAACGUCAGACGACGUUCUCGAUGAGGAUUUUUUUUUCUCGGAGAUGCUUUCCAGCCAGUCAGAUUUGGAAAAUCAAAUUAAAUCACUAAAAGAGACGACUAAUAGCGACAGGAGCGCAGAAGAAAAGUUGGAGGAUCUGCAAAAAUUUUUAUCCAGCAGUAACAUACAAAGUGCCACUGUGGACAUACUAGACGAGAAAAUAUUUAGUGCCGUGCUUUCCGAUGCACGGAAAAUAUAUUUUCAGAUAAUCUGCAAUAUCAAUAAUACGCUGGAAAAUAAGGAAAACAUUUGUACAAAUCGCAUAAAAAGUCAACUGAAUGUCUUGGCGAACCUAUUAAAAUGUUGGGACUCUUGUAUGAAUCACAUAAGAAAUUUGGAAAAACUAUCGAUACUCGAUAUAAAAAACUUUACCUCGAGCUUAUUCGAAAUAAUUUUCGAAGUAUUGAACCAUUGCAAGAAAAGCGAAAAAUAUUACGGGGACCAUUUUAAAACAGUCGCGGAAAAUUUAGCUCUGACGUUUCGCCAGUGCGGCACUACGUUGAGUUACUUUUACGCUCUCGUGGAUUCCAACGUUUCGUUCGACGCAAGCCAAGAGGACGAGAUGAGGGUUCUUCUGAGCAUUAUCGACGAGUCGGGCAAAAUAGCAAGCUUGACCAGCGGCAUGGACGCAAAGACUUUGACGGAUAUGUGGAAAAGGUUCGGUAAACUGUCGACGAGCUACGGCUUGCAAAUGAAGGACAUCUCGCCAAACGUCGUCACCAAUCACUUCAAAGGACUGUCCGAGAACAUCGUGGACAUGCUUUCGUCCAUCGGUCAGAAGAUCCACAGACCAUCGAACGAACGGUCGAUACUAUGUUGUCGAGUAUUGUUCAAAGUGCUAGAGAAACUGUGCGAGACUUACUGCGGCUGGGUCCGUAAUGACGUGAUGCUCUCUAUUGUCGAUUUACUCUCGCAAAUUUACCAGUAUAGCGAGCAGCGUUUCGCAAUAGCCGGUCACAAUGCCGAUUUCAUCAAGUUCGUUCGGACGAAUUUCGUCUUUAUGAUCGAUUCAUUUUUAAAUGUCGUCAUGAAGAACGACAGUUUCAAAGUGGUAUAUUUUGAAUACAACCAAAUUGUGACGGACAAUGUCGUAGGGUAUCAUUUGCUGACGUUGACAAUAAUCAAACAAAUAUCGAUGUUACCUUACGAAACUCAGCGCGAAUGGUGCAGCGAAGACAGUAACAUUACAGAUAUUUGCUUUGCAAACAUUGAUAAACUCACCCAGGAAAUUUGCACAGGACAAGUGCAAGUAGAGAUGUCCCGGAAUCUUGCACAAGGGUCGUACCAGGCUGAUAUUUACGAGGCAACGUGCCUGAGCAUAUUCUCGUUGGUUUGUCAAGUGCCGAGUUCCGAUGUCGACGAGUUCAUGGAGUUGCUGUUAAAAUAUUUGAUCAGCGGAAAGUGGUUUAGCUCUCUAUUGAGCUGUGACGUUUGGUGCUUCAUUUGCAGAUUAGGUUCUUCCGAACUGUGUUACAGCCACUUCAAAUACUUAAUGCUUGUCUACGAAAAGCUGGAGGAUAGGAAGAACCAUGUCAACACGGUCAUGCUGUCGAAUUUACUGAGUCGUCAGUAUACUUUUCUUUCGGACAAAGACAAGCACGAUUUUAUUAGUGGUAUCAAAAAAAACUCUAGCUCCCACGGAUGGGACUCGAUCGCGCAAGUGGUCAACGAAGAAAAGAGAAAACUGUUGCAGCUGCAAGUCGAUGCUUUUGACGCCAACAACAGGAUAGCUAACGAUCUGAAAAUUUUAGAAGAGCAGCCGAAUCUAGACAAUUUAUGUUCAUUGAUGAAUGAUUUAGCAAUCAUCGAGGCUACCGGCACACCUCAAGAUGGACAAUCUGCUGACACUUUUAUCAAAACGUGGAACAAGAUUGUUUGUAUUCUAGGUGAUUGCGAGGGUGUGUCUCUGUCGGUGAUAGAGAAUCUUGCUGUUUCUUUGCUGCAUGCCACGCGACCGCAGUUAGGCCAGGCCCGGUAUACGACUUUGAUCCUCGAACGGUUGGUCCUACUGUAUCCAUUCGCCACAAGCGGCUUGCGCCUCGAGUUCUGCUGGUUCUUCGACCGUUGCGCGGUGCACCUGACCGAGUCCGACUCAAUGGUCGCGUCCGAGCUGUUCUGCCGACUGCUGAGCGACAGCGAGCCCUGCGUCCAGCAGCAAGCCUUCGAGUCCUUCGAGCGCCUGACCCACGUUUGCUCCGACACCAAGCUGCUCUCGUCCAUCGCCACCAACAUUCGCGAUGCUCGGGCCGAGGCGUCGAAGACUCUACCUGCCUACAUCUCGGCCGAGGUCGCUCACCGGUUUCAUGGUUUUUCGAGUUUCAACGGCUACUUUCGAGCCCUGGGCGGAGCCUUCGAUGCGAGGAGACACGUGUGCCGUGAGAGGGGUCGAACCAUCGAGAGGGAGGAGAAGCUGCCGAGACUAGAUGGGGCUGCCAAUGAUUCAAGGAGUGGCCCGGUGGACGUGGAAAAGGUAGUGGAGAGGGUCUGCGACGAUGUCAAUGAGCUCAUCAAGUUCAAAGGACAGCUCAACGGGAGGUCACGUGACAGGCUGCGACAAGUCCUUCGAGGCUUCUUGGAUCAAAGUGACUGUUAG